CCGGUCACCCGGUCCCACCACGCAGCAACAAUAGGGCUCAGGUCGUCUUCUUCAUCCGGAACUGUGGACAGAAUCUGAGCGACUCCCGACUUAUCCGGUUGACUGCGUGCUCGCUCGCACUCUCACUCUUGAGCCCGGUGCAUGAGCUCAGCAGCUCGGAUCACACUCUCUCGAUGGGCUGCUGCUCUCGGGAUCCAGACACAGUGCUCGCACAUUCUGUCUCUGCUCCAGCGCCUCCAUUUCAAUCCCCACUCUUCUUCUCUGAUUCCAUCAAGUCAACUCUCCUCGCUCGCUCUCUCUCUCUCUCUGCCUCUGCGGCGCGACUGUAGUUUCCUCACUUCUCAACCACCCCUGCCGUCAAAGCUUCUCGCAGCCCACACCGACGGACGGAGCUGCGUGAUCUGUGAUGCCUGCAUACUCAAGGAAGGACUGAACGACUGCCUGAGAGUCUCUGUGUACCUUUCUUUCUUUGCGUGACGAAUUGUGCAAAAAUUGGAACCCAAUUCCAACGUUGCCUCGAGAGCUUAAAAAAUUCUUCCGAUCUUUGAGUGGCGGGUCAGUAUAGGCCGGAGGUACAACACACCGAAUCAAAACCUGCUGGUGAGAACGCCAGAUCAAGAUAGAUCUCCUCUUUGCUCGACUACCGCAUUUUAUGGAGCAAAGAGAAGACGGUGGAAAUUUUCUCGCUGUGAAGCCGAGCCUCAAGACAUCGGUAGAAACAUGAGAAAAAGAUGAGGAGACGAUAUGUGUGAUCUCAUGGUGAGCGCACUUCUUUGUCACUUCUGUCCUCAGUCUGCCACAGUAAUAGAUGGUGAUAGUUACUUCGUCGGUUCUGCAAGCUACUUACUUGACUGUUUCCGCUAGUUUCUAGAGUUAUAGUUGAUCUCAAAUCCUUUGCCAUUUAGUGGUAUAAAUGACAGCAGUAACAAAAUCCAGCAAGCAUCAAAAGAAAGGGCCCCUCUAAGGGACCACCUUACAAUUAUUUUCCAUGCGACCCACUUGGCGUUGUUAUCCUUUCAUGACUAGCUGGUUCCCACUAAC